CUUGCAAUUUAGUACCUGCUGAAUCUAUUUAUUUGAAACUUUGAAAAUGACAACAAAAAUAACUCCAAUGAAAUUAGUUCUUAUCUGCUUCUUAAGGACUGGAUCUAUUUGGAGUCAAUCCAUGUGUAAAGGCUUUCCUGGUGGUUGUUGUCCUGGUUAUCAAUGGAAUAACAAUACAAAAAAGUGUACAGUAUGUGAAGCCGGUUUCUCGGGAAUCAACUGCACGAAAAAGUGUGUGUAUCCUAGUUAUGGAUUGAGGUGUCAAGAUGUGUGUAAUUGUUCCAAUGAUACCUGUGAUUUUAUAUCAGGCUGUAAUGAAAGCUCAACCUUGACAUUACAAACAAUAAGCAGUAUUGACCAUCUCAACAUUACAAAUCAAACCCAGUAUGCAGGUGACUUCACGACAGUCCUUGCAAACAAGGAGAGCCGAAUGCCAUCCCAUAUGUCGCUAAUUGUGCUUAGUCUUUCAUUGUGUGUCAUCAUUGCCUUGGCAGUUUAUGGAAGCUUAAAGGCGAAGAAAAAGUUAAAACGAUUGAAAAAAGCAACAAUCGACCAAGUUAUCGAGCAGGACACUUAUCAGACAAUAGAGGAUAAGAAUCUUAGUACGAGAAAAAGUCUAGAAAUGGUGAAAAUUUGGUAGAAUUCACAAACAUUAUAUAUUUACUUUAAAGACAGGACUCUUUUUGUAUUUUUAUCAUUUUUCUUCUUUUCGAGAGCUACCCUACAGGUCUUUUUAUGAUUUAUAUUUAUGCUUAAUGCUAGAUAUACGAUAUCAAAAUAUCAGAAGGAGUAAUUUCAAAAUGUGCAUACUUAGCAGUAUUUACCCUUAUCUGUCUUUUCUUAAUAGACUUUCAGACUUUGUCCUUUUGAGCAAUGGACCCCAAUAUAAUUGCAUCUGAAAUAAUGAAAUUAUGCAUGAGGUGUGAUUUAUAAUUUUUUAGCAUAACGUUUGUGGUUUUUGAAUAUGUUCCUACUUUAUUUUUUCAGAACCUUGUGUAAAUGUAUUCCUUGAUGGUAAAUUCCUUAAUGUUAUUUAACUUGUAGAAAAAUCGUCUUUAUAUUGCAUACUAAAGAGUUGUUAUUCUGUGGGAUUUUUAUGGAAAUUGAGUGAUCUGUCCUGGGAUCUAAAUUGAAUGCUUCUUUAUACACCUAUUAUAAAACCUGUUAUCAAAAUAUGCA